UGCAGAAGGUGUCUGGAGCCCUGACAUUGAACAGAGCUUUCAGGAGGCUCUAGCUAUCUAUCCUCCAUGUGGGAGGAGAAAAAUCAUCUUAUCAGAUGAAGGCAAAAUGUAUGGUAGGAAUGAAUUAAUAGCCAGAUACAUCAAACUUAGAACGGGGAAGACACGGACCAGGAAACAGGUGUCUAGUCACAUACAGGUCUUAGCAAGAAAGAAAGUUCGAGAAAUUCAAGCCGCCAUUAAGGUGUCUAGUCACAUUCAGGUUCUUGCCAGAAGGAAAUCUCGUGAUUUUCAUUCCAAGCUGAAGGAUCAGACUGCGAAGGACAAAGCACUCCAGCACAUGGCAGCAAUGUCAUCAGCUCAGAUAGUAUCAGCUACUGCUAUCCACAACAAGUUGGGCCUGCCAGGAAUUCCCCGUCCUACAUUUCCUGGUGCACCUGGGUUUUGGCCAGGAAUGAUACAAACAGGGCAGCCGGGAUCCUCACAAGAUGUAAAGCCAUUCGUCCAGCAAGCCUAUCCUAUUCAGCCAACAGUCACGGCUCCCAUUUCAGGGUUUGAACCUGCAUCAGCUCCAGCACCAUCAGUUCCUGCUUGGCAGGGUCGAUCCAUUGGUACAACCAAACUCAGACUGGUGGAAUUCUCGGCUUUUCUUGAACAACAGAGAGACCCAGAAUCAUACAACAAACACCUCUUUGUGCACAUUGGACAUGCCAACCAUUCUUACAGUGACCCGUUGCUUGAGUCGGUGGACAUUCGUCAGAUUUAUGACAAAUUUCCUGAAAAGAAAGGUGGUUUAAAGGAACUGUUUGGGAAAGGGCCCCAAAAUGCCUUCUUCCUAGUAAAAUUUUGGGCUGACUUAAACUGCAACAUUCAAGAUGAUACAGGAGCAUUUUAUGGAGUAACUAGCCAAUAUGAGAGCUCAGAAAACAUGACAAUCACUUGUUCCACCAAAGUCUGUUCAUUUGGAAAGCAAGUAGUAGAAAAAGUAGAGACAGAAUAUGCAAGGUUUGAGAAUGGACGGUUUGUAUAUAGAAUAAACCGGUCACCAAUGUGUGAAUAUAUGAUCAACUUCAUACACAAGCUCAAGCAUUUACCAGAAAAAUAUAUGAUGAACAGUGUAUUGGAAAAUUUUACAAUUUUGUUGGUUGUAACAAACAGAGAUACACAAGAAACCCUACUCUGCAUGGCUUGUGUAUUUGAAGUUUCGAACAGUGAACACGGAGCACAACAUCACAUCUACAGGCUUGUAAAGGACUGAGUAGUUAUUUAUAUAUACACUUCAUUACACUUCUUUAUCAAAAACAUAGACUGUAAACCUCAACACUACGUGGCAGUGCCUCUGGCCUAGCUUUCACCCACAUUUUUCUAAAUCCUGUUUUAGUGAAGUCAUUUUUAAUGUGUUCAUAUAUAAUUGUAGCUGUGAAAUUCUGGUACAGUUGUAAAAAAUUCUUUCUAAAACUAAGUGUUCUUCAAAUUUGUUAACAACAGUACUUCGGGAAGACUGUAUUUAAGAACCUAAUGCCUCUGUCUGUGGAGGCUUAUUUUUAAUUGUGAUAGAAAAAUGAAAGACAGAGCAUUUGCCAUGGGGAAAAUUUACAGCAUUUAAAAGAAUUUAUUUAGGGUUUUGUUUUGUUUCUUUCCAAAAUAAAAUACUUAUUUUACAAUGCAAGUGAAAUUGAAAUGAAUCUUUAACUAUAACUAUAACUUAGUACACAAAGUUAAUAAUCUUUAUAGAAUUAUCUUUGUAACUAAUCGGAGUGGAAGAUACGGACGAAUGUAAUUCACUAAAUUAUUUUUUAAAAUGAAACAUUUUUUUUCUUUUUGAAACCAAAUGAUAAAUGUAGCCUUAAGAAAUGCCUGAUAUAAAAACAAGCAGCUCCUAAAAUUAGGCAAAUUUUGUAUUUUUUUUCUCAGUGUUAAAACUAAUCUUUUAAUUUAUAAUUCAUUAAACUUUCCAACAGGUAUUGCAGAGAAAGAGAAUAUCAUCCCUUAUACUAACUAUGUUAUGUAUAUUUUUAAAAAUACAAAAUUGUGUUGUACUAAUAUGGAAAUUUGAUUAUUUAAUGAAAAACUGAUGGCUCAUUUUGCAAUAAGUAGGUAAAUACUGAAAUUUUAGACUUUCAUUGUAUGUAGCCUUGUGUGUGCAGUUAUAUUUUAUGUGGACAACUAUAUUUUCUGUUGAGUGAAAAAUUUGCAAUGCCAAAAUUAACAAACUUAGGGGUGAAACAAUUGACAUUAUUACUGCAUUGCAAAUAAUCUGUAUGCUGAAUGCUAGAAAAAAUAAUGUGGUUGAGAAAAGACUACGUAGGCCAGUAAAAGACUCGUCAGCUUUAAUGUCAUAGGGAUGCUAGAAAAUCACAACCAUCAUCAGGCAAAAAAGAUUUGAAAUUUUAUGUCCGCCCCUUUCUCAUACUACAUAAGUUACCCCAGUUAUGUCUCCAAUCAUGGUACAUUUAGUACUUGGAGGCAGGGUACAUAGGAUGCACCCAUUAAUACCACUUGAGGUUUGGUCGCCUUUCAUAUCCAAAAUAUACAGAUGUGCAGUAUUCAUCCCUGUGGUUAAUAAACAGAAAAGUAGUCCAUUCAGAGAAGAUUUGGAUAUCAAGUGAAAUAUUUUAAUAUUAAUAAGGAUUAAAAAUGUAGUCACGGGUGUGAAUGGUUUUCUAGGUUGCACAUGUUUUCUGAUUCUUGUCGGCAUAGGCUUCCCUUAGUAUUAGUCUGAUGCAUCUCCUCUGCCAUCUGUUCAACCACCGCCUUUCCACUGCCCCAUGCAACCUUAAUUUUAAAUGUAUUGAGAGGA